AUGGGGCUGGCAGAGGGCCAGGUCACCCUCAGGGGAUCCCUCUCCAUGCUUGGGCUCUGUGUGCUCCUGGCUCCAGUCCAGAGCUCGGCAGGCCGUCCCUCAUGGCGCUACAUCUCCUCCGAGGUGGUGGUUCCCAGGAAGCAGAUGCCUCCAGGCAAAGGUGUGCAGGUGCUAGGCUGGCUCUCCUACAGCCUGAGCUUUGGAGGCCAGAGGCACCUGAUCCACAUGAGGCGCAAGAAAGUGUUUGGGCCCCGACAUGUGCCGGUGAUGUCCCAGGACGACCAGGGAGCCUUGCAGAUGGACUUCCCCUACCUCCCUCACGACUGCUACUACCUGGGCUUCCUGGAGGAGAUCCCUUACUCCAUGGUCACCAUCAACACGUGCUACGGGGGGCUCGAAGGUAUAAUGAAGUUAGAUGAUCUGGCCUUUGAGAUCAAACCCCUGAAGGAUUCCCUCAUGUUUGAACACGUGAUUUCUGAGAUAGUGGCAGAUGCCAAUGCCAUAGGGCCUAUUGCUGCUUCCCUUAUCAUGAUUGGGCAUCUGCAGAGACAUUAUUUUUUGCUAUCUGUGAUUAUAGCUUUUCAAAUGGGUAGGUCUGUUGGUUUUAAUGUUGAUACCCCGCCAUGUUAUUGCCAGAGAAGGACUACUUGCAUCAUGUUCAGGUAUCCUCUGAUAACAGAUGUGUUCAGUAAUUGUACCAUUGUAGACUUGCAGCAAUCAGUUUUGCUAAAAGAAUCUUGCAUGUAUAAUCUUCCUCGUAAAUCCUUUAAUGAAAGCCUAAUAGAGCAUCGUUGUGGAAACACUAGAGUGGAGGGGCAGGAGCAAUGUGAUUGUGGCUCCUAUAAAGAGUGUUAUGAUAGCAAGUGUUGUAAAACUGAUUGUAGGCUGACCCCUGGAAGUAUCUGUCAUGAAGGAGGAUGCUGCACAAACUGUACCUACAGCCCCAUGGGCACACUCUGCAGACCUAUCCAAAAUAUAUGCGACCUUCCAGAGUACUGUACUGGGGUGGACUAUAGCUGCCUCGAAGAUGUUUAUCUGCAAGAUGGAACCCCGUGCACUGAAGAGGGUUACUGCUUUCAUGGGAAUUGCACUGACCGCUCCAUGCACUGCAAAGAAAUCUUUGGUGAAGGUGCUGUGAAUGCUGAUGAUAUCUGCUAUAAUAUCAACACCAAAGGCAACCGAUUUGGACACUGCAGGAGAGAGAUUAGCAGCGCCACUCACGAAGCUUGUAACCUCCAAGAUGUUAGGUGUGGAAAGCUGCAGUGUUCCAAUGUGACUCAUCUUCCGCUGUUGCAGGAUCAUGUCUCAUUUCAUCACUCUUUGAUCUCAGACAUUCAUUGUUUUGGACUGGAUGAACACCGUUCGACAGAAGCAACUGACGUUGGACAUGUAAGGCCUGGGACCCCCUGUGGUGCUGGAAAGUUCUGUACACCUGGCAGCUACUGCAGUGGUAUUUUAACUGAACUAAAUUAUGACUGUCACCCUCGGAAAUGCAGUUAUAGGGGAAUGUGCAACAAUAAGAGAAACUGUCACUGCCAUGUAGGCUGGGACCCUCCUCUCUGUCUAAGGGAAGGUGUUGGUGGAAGUGAAAACAGUGGUCCUCCUCCGAGAAAAUUCAGGACAGUAACACUAAGUGAUCAGCCAGUCCUUUACUUGAGAUUGAUCUUCGGUCGUAUUUAUGCCUUCUUAUUCGCACUCCUCUUUGGACUUGCCACAAAUGUAAAAGCCAUCCAAAAAACUUAAACCAAUUAAAAUAUGUGUCAACCUCCUGAUUUCUGUGACAUAUAUCAUUGACAAGAGGAAGGAUCAUUUACGAG